UGUACAGUGAUGAAGAAGACAACCAAAAUAAGCAUGGCUGCUAGUAACGCUUCUGUCGUGCCAGUCGCUGUAUCUACCGUAUCUAAACUACAGUCUUUAAAUGGACUGUUUGCCAUCUAUAAAAAGUCUGGACCAACAUCUGCUGAUGUUCUGAAUGCGCUUAAAAUAGCUUUACUGAAAGAAGCGGGACAACAGAACCCUAACCCGCGCAAAAGGAAGAAACAAAGCCUGAAGAUGGGUCAUGGCGGGACACUUGACAGUGCAGCCAGAGGGGUGCUAGUGGUUGGCAUUGGCAAUGGCACGAAAAUGCUCAGUACAAUGUUAUCUGGUUCUAAGAAAUAUGUUGCUGUUUGUGAGCUGGGAAAAGCUACCGAUACACUUGAUGCCACCGGGACUGUGUUGCUGGAAAAAGAUUUUGGCCACAUCACCCGACCGGAAUUUGAGGACAAACUGAAAGAUUUUGUGGGUGACAUCAUGCAAGUCCCCCCCCUCUAUUCAGCGCUGAAACAGGAUGGUCAGCGUUUGUCUGUGAUGUUGAAGAAAGGUCUGAAGGUUGAACCCAAACCAGCCAGAUUGGUCAAAGUGUACAACCUGACGCUGCAGGACUUCAGUCCUCCACUCUUCACUCUGGAUAUCGAAUGUGGAGGAGGGUUUUACGUCAGGAGCUUGGUAGACGACCUGGGGAAAGCCCUGUCAUCAUGCGCUCAUGUCAAAGAGCUGACCCGGACCAAGCAGGGCCAGUUCACAUUGGAGCAGCACGCUUUACCUGAGGAGCAGUGGACGAUGGAGAACAUAGUGAGAACUCUGCAGUCGUGCUCAGAGGUCAGUCCAGCUGCUGGAGACAGUGAUGUAGCCGCCGCCGCAGCAGAGGAGGAGAAAAGCUGAGAGAACUCUGCUGUGGAAAAUCCUUCCUUAUGUGGGAUGUUGUUGUCCAGAUACUGUACUGUCAUACUAACACCUUUUUAAUUUGGAUUCAAUGAAUCUUUUGCCCGAUCAUUUUUUCCUUCUUCCAUUGAUGUCAAGUCAUGUGAUGAGCGCUGAUAGUUCUAUAUUUGAGUAUAGAAAAAAUGAGCCUUCCAAAGGAAGUGAGGCAUUUUGUUUUUAUAAAUUCAGUUACUUCACUCACAACUCAGGAAAAGUUGACUCUUACUCUCGCCAUUUGUAAAUGACACAAGACAAUAAAAUUGCUAAGAAAAUCUCUUGUUUUCUGAUUCAUUAUUUUGGGGAAACAAUGUAAGUAGAGAUAACCAUUUGUUAGUUAGAUCCACUUGUUGACAUGCCUAGCACUCUGAAUGUCACAGUGGUACUUGGAACACAUUUGCAUUAAAUGAAGUCAGUAAAUGACUCAUUUCCUUGUAACCAGAAAUGAACAAUACUUUUAUUUUUCUCUAAGCAGAGGGGUUGCUGAACAGCUGUCAAAGGAUUGUUUAUUGAGUGAUUACGAUAAACCAGCGGCUUUCUAAACCUGCUGCGUACAAGUGGAAAAUGAACAGGCCACAUUUC